UCCAAAAUGACUUUACAAAUUCUGGUUUUAUGUUUGGCAUACUCUGGGCUUGGAAAGGAAAAUGUGGUUCCUCAGGCUGGACACACAGAAGUGAGGAUGGGUGACAAUGUGACUCUGAGCUGUGUCCUGACAGAACCCAUGGAUGUUGUGCAAGUGACAUGGCAAAAGGACUCAGAAGGAUUAAAUGCAAAUAUAGCUACAUACAGUGAAGCAAAUGGAUUAAAGAUUCAUGAGCCCUAUAAAGACAGAAUGAAUUUCACAAGUUUGGAACUCAAUAAGACAAGCAUAACUUUUUGGGAUACUAGAAUGGAUGAUUCAGGAUGUUACAAGUGCCUCUUCAAUGUUUACCCUUUGGGCUCCUUCUCAGGAAAUACCUGCCUGAGCGUUUUUGGUCUCAAUGCAUCUGUCUAUCACAACAUUUCUGAAAAUCAUUUGAUAGCCGUCUGUGAUGCUCAUGGCCUCCCAGAGCCCACCAUCACCUGGAACAAACUGUUCAAUUCUACUCCUACAGAGAAGACAGUCAAGCACAAAAAUGGGAUUGUGUCCAUCACCAGUAAACUGGAAAUCUACAACAUUCAGAGCAUCAGUGCACAGGAUUUGACCUGCACAGUAAGCAACACAAACGAAGCAGUUGAAUUGCCUGUGAAAAUAAAAGGAGAAGAGGGAUCAUCAUUGCUUUGGUUGGUGAUUAUUGCAGUGUUUCUAGUAGUCAUCAUAGUUCUGGUUCUGAUUAUGUUGUUCCGGAGGAAGAUCCUAUGCAGAAGAAAUUGA